AGGUCAUAACAAAAAUAAUAAUAAUUAAAACAACAAAAAAUCUUGAUCAUUUGACCAAUUGCCCUGCCACAGCUUUUACUAAGAGCAUGAUUAACACUAGAACCCCAUUUGGAAUUUUUUUUUUUUUUUUUUGUCUGAUUUAAAAAAAAAAAAAUUAAAAACAAAUCAAUCGCGGUCCGCCACGUGUCAAUGGAGCCCGCAAACAGUACAACAACCCAAGCAAAAUCGGCUCUUAUCCGACGAUUUCUGAAACUGGUUUUUAACAAUUUGUGGGUCCCCCCUUAAGAAACUCCUAAACCCCCCUCCAAACAUGUCAGAUGAUCUUAAAAAAAGAAAAAAUUAAUAUUAUAUAAAUGUAUUUAUUUUUUAUUUUUCUUUAUAGAAUAGAACCAAUUAAUAUAUGACACAUAUAUAUGUCAGAACUAGAAACUUUUCUUAAAUUGCUUAUUAUGCGAUUUAAUGACAUUAUUUUCAAAAUAAAAAAUUUGAAGAACUAAGAAACAUAGUCAACAAAAAUCAUAAAACACAAUGGUGAUACCAUUACAACUUAUACAAUCGACAAUGUUUCGUAGAAAAAACCCUCAAAAUAGGAAACUACAAAGACUAAUCUUGACGUGAACUAGUUAGCAGAGUACAAAAUAUGACGCCUAUCUUGUUUUUAGUUUUGUUUCGACAUAAUUUUGCCAUGAACUACGUUUGUUUGUAUGAGGUUAACUGUGAAGACAUGUCCGAUCACCAGUCCACAAGACACAUUAGGUCGAUACCUGUUGUGGCUGCUAUAUCCAGUUCAUUAUUGUGGCUUCUAGUUAAGACAAAGAUCCGUCUGGUUGUUGCUUAUGUACGGCUGUAACUACCGUCACCUGGAUUAAAUUCACGCUGGCAAAGACUAUUUACAAUGUUUGGGUUCUAGGCAAAAGCUGAAACCACCUUUUUUCGAACAAAAAUAAACAUUAACAUGUUUUCUGUGUAUGUGUAUCAGUGCAUAUAUUUAUAUAUGAUUAUUCGAAAACUUAGUAUAUGAUUAUAUUUACUAUGAUAUAUUAUUCUUUAUUUAAUUUUUAUUUUUGAUUUGUAGAGUACUUCUUGGUGCAAAUAUGUUAUAUUGUCUUUUUUACACAAGUUUUGAAAAUAGGAAACCGAUAUACAUAGAAGGAAAAAUUAGGUCUUUCUCGGUUGUAGCUUGCUUUCUCGCUCCACCUCCCUUCUUAUACUAUUAAGAGAUUUUUGAUUUGUAGAGUUAAUUAAUCACAAGUAGCUAUGCAUUGGAGAAGCCUUCCGGGGGAUUUGGUAGAGGAUAUACUCUCUAGGGUUUCUGCUAUACCUUUGGUACGACUCCGAGAAACAUCGAAACAAUGGAACGCUAAAUUGAAAAGUGGGAGCUUCGCUAAGAUGCACGCUGCUCAUGCACCAAAGGAGGAGUCUCUGAUGAUCACGUUGAUUGAUCAUAGGGUUUGCUUAGUAAAGAUCAACCUCCAUGAUCCAUCUGUUAAGGUUGCACCUCAUGCAUUAUACCUGAAAGAUCCUCUUUCUGAUUCUUCCAAAGAAGUCGACAUACGUAACGUUUUUCACUGCGAUGGCUUAUUGUUAUGCACCACAAAGGACAAGAGACUCGUGGUUUGGAAUCCAUGUUCAGGGGAAACCAAGUGGGUUAAACCUAGAGACAGCUACAAGAAAACCGACUACUGUGCUCUCGGUUACGACAACAAAUCCUCCAGCAAGCAAUACAAAAUCUUGAGGUUGGAUCGUCAAGAUAGACCAAAUAAGAACGUGUACGAGAUUUAUGACUUCAACUCUAAUUCGUGGCGUGUUCUUGGUGUGGCUACUGAUUGGUUUUUAGCAAAAUAUCGUCGUGGCAUAUCUGUGAAGGGAAAUACUUAUUGGGUUGCUACUCAAGCAGCAGAGAAGCCAUACCAUGAUUUCAUACUAAGCUUUGAUUUUUCAACCGAGAUGUUCCAAAAUCUGUCUCUUCCUCAUCCUUUUCCGUAUGGUAUAUCGUCUUUAUCAGUGGUGAGAGAAGAGCAACUUUGUCUCUUAGGUGCUAAACGUCACAUGCUUUAUAUGGAUGAUGGUGCAAGUUUUUCAGAUUUACAAGUAUGGGUGAUAACUAGUACUGGAUCAUGGAACAAGUUCCUAGCAUUGUAUAAUACAACUAGUGAUACGUUUUCUAAGGGGAUGAGUUUUUUGGCAGACGAGCAGAACCAAGUUGUAGUGUUUUUAAACACCAAAAACAUUUUACACGUUAUGCGACAAAAUAAACACUCACUAGAGAAACAUCUUGGUGGAAAAUCCUCUGUUCUUCUGAAUUAUGUACCAAGUUUGGCUCAAAUUCAAGAAGCUACACUUCCUGGAGGACGCAAAAGGAAAGCACCAAGCACGUGAAGGGUAUUUGUGACACGAAUCUAUCCAAUUGUCUUUUUUUUCCUUGUGUGUGUGUUUUUCUAAAUGAAUUUAAGGUUUAAGAUUAAGAGCAAUAUUGCAACUAACAUUAUAUAAAAGCUUUUGCGUAGACUUUGUAAUUAGUAAGUUUCUUUUAAGAGAUAGAGGUACAAUGCCACGAGUUAAAGAAAGAAAACGAUGAUUUCAAGACCGUUAACCAAGUUAUAGUGAACAAAAACAUCAAUAACGAAGAGAGACCGGGCAAAACCUGCAGAUGAUGUAAACCGGAUUGAUCCAAUCAAAUAUAAAUCUAUUUACUUAUAUAAAAGUUGGCAGGAGAUGAAGAUUCGCCUGACUAAAAACACGUCCAUUUUUAGGGGUAAUAUUGGAUAGACAUAUAUUUAUAGAUAAGAGUGAUCCAGUGUUAAAGAAAAUCAUUCGUACAUAUUUAUGGUUAUCUUGAGUUAUACGAUCUUUUCCAAAGUUCUCUUGUAAUGCAUAUGUAAACUCUUGUAUACGUUUAAUGAAAAUCAUCAAUUCAUAAGUUUUACAAGAGUCUUGUUGUUGGCUUCUCUAAUACGAGCCUAUUUACCAUUUGUCAAGCAGAAUUCUUAUGGUAACUUGUAUAGCACGCUGCAAUAGUAAGUCUUAACAUUUUGGCCGAUUUUAUUUUUCCACAAGAGUUUUGGCUUUACAAAAGUCACUCAUGACAAAUUGUUCUACAAAAUUUCCCUAAGCCUUAUGUUUCACUCAGGAUCUUCAAACAGAGACUCUGCAACUGUUUUGUUUUCUGUUUCUCCUCUAGUUGUCUCCUCUAUUUCUUUCCAUAAACAGAGACUCUGCAUCUUCUUCUAAUUCCCAAACAAUACUUAAUCAAAUUUAUAAAUGAAAAUAUACGCACAUAAUCAAUUUAAGUAUUAAUUACUUGACUCAUGAAUACACAGAUGGAAGUAUAGUUCAUCCAAGUAUCAUAUCUUAGAGGAGAAAAUUGAUGGAUACUUUUAACUGAUAGUAGUAAUUUCCUGUCUCUCAUUUGAACCAGAAGGGUUUCAUUUUGACCAAUUAUAUUUUUAAAGAGAAAUAUAACCUCCGUUCCAAGAAACAUAGUCAACAUAAACCAUAUAACAAAAUGGUGAUACCAUGACAACUUAUAAAACCGGCAAUGUUUCUUAGAAAAAACCAACAAAAAUAAAAUAUGAAACUACAAAGACUAAUACUUGACGUGAACAAGAUAAACGUGCACCCAUGAUGUGUUUAGGUUUGUUUCGACAUAAUUUGCCAUGAACUACAUUUGUUUAUGCGAAGACACGUCCAAUCACUAUCCAUUUCAUUAUUGUGGGUCUUCUCCUGCUUCUAGUGACGACAAAGAUACCAUUACAAAAACAAAGAAUGCAUUGUGUUAUAUGGUUUAUGCUGACUGUCUAUGUUUCUUAGUUAUCAGUCUAACAAAAUCUUGAAAAUCAUGUUUUACAUUAAAUAACAUUUAUAACCAUCAGUCCAUGUAUCUCCGAAUGAGUAUGUAUAUAUGUUUGUGAUUUAGUAUUAUAGAUGCAUUGUUGGUUUUUGUAAGAUACAGAGGAGAUAAACACGGGAGAAACAGAGAAGAAAACAGAGUCUCUGUUU